UACAAAAAACUAGAAGAAGAAAAAACCAGCAUAAAAUAUCGAGAUUUUGUUUAUAAACACAUUGCAAUAUGGCAACCAAUGAAAAGAUGACAUUAGACAUGGAAAAUAGAGAUCCGAACGAUUUGAAUCAGCAUAUCAAGGUGAUGUUUGAAGAUGUAAUAGCGGAGCCUGAAGGGGUAAGAUCCUUGGAUUGCACGUGGGUCAAUGGAUUCAAGUGUUUUGAGUGUGGAAAGACCGUCUGUUACAGGAUGCUAACUAUAUUUUGUGGUCUGUGCAUAGCUUUAUUUUGGGGCUGUGAAUUCGCAGUCGCAAGCUUUACACAUAUCUGGUGUUACACGCCAUUCAUAAGGGAUGUUUCAAUUGGAAUUGGUUGCUUGAAGAAGAUAUUUAUGAUUGUGCUUGACUGUUGCCUAGCGCCUGUUUGUGAAUCGUUUGGACUUUUGUUCGCAAAAAUUCGUAUUGACAAACAUUAAUUCAAAGGACAUAAGCAGAAAAUGAGAGAUAUUUUUUUAUUUUACGUGAGAUGUAUACACGGUUAUAAACUACAAAAUGAAAACAAAGGUCACCAAGUGAAAGGCAACGUUCACAGGACACAGCCCCCGACACAAACUAGCCACAGUUUGAUUUAAAUAUUAGUUACAGUAUACAUUUCAUAGAACGAUAUAUUUCUGUUUCAUAAGAUGUAAUUGUCACUAAUAAGCUGUAGGUUUAUAAAAUAAAAAUAAAAUGUUGAAAGUAUGUAUGGAGGAAUGUUAAUUUUUCCUUAUGAGUAUGAUAUAUUAUGUAUUGUUAUGUGCUGUGUUUUAGAGAAUAAAAUUAAUACAUG